GUCAUUUUUUGAGAAGCCCGGGGUUUUUGGAGUGUAAUUUGUUUCAUAGUUAGAUGCCUGACUGACAACUGUAUAAAACAAAAACUACACACAAUAGUCGAAGCACAUAGCGCACAGUCCUAAAUUCCCCCUAAUUUUGGUAUGAUCCGAGCUCAGGCACUAGGCGACGGAGCACAGCAUGUGAGCGAGGGGGGAGGAGCUGCUGCCUGCGAGUUUGCUGUAGGAGAAGCGCAGCCAGGCAGACAGAGGAGAGCUUAAGUUUGAGCAGCUCCAGUCGAGGCUCCACGGGUCAGCAGGUCUCCGCUCCGGGUCGCAGGCCAGCUUCUUUCCGCCCCUUAAAGACGCCAUGCUGCCCUCUGGAAGCUUCAAUAACCGUGUGGCCUUAAUCACAGGAGGAGGGACGGGGCUGGGGCGCACCAUGACUGCCACCCUGUCGCAGCUGGGAGCGCAGUGCAUCAUUGCUAGCAGGAAGCUGGACGUCCUGCAGCGGACAGCUGAGGAGAUCAGCAGCCAAACUGGAAACAAGGUGCAUGCGGUGCAGUGUGAUGUCAGAGAUCCUCAGGCCGUCUCUCAAUGUGUCGAUCAGAUGGAGGCUCUGACUGGACUUCCUGAUGUAAUAAUCAACAAUGCUGCAGGAAACUUUGUCUGUCCAUCAGAACGUCUGUCGCCAAACGCCUGGAAGACCGUCACCGACAUCGUCCUGAACGGGACAGCGUUUGUCACCUUGGAGCUCGGAAAGAGGCUGAUCCAGAACCAGAAAGGAGCAUCCUUCCUUGCCAUCACCACCAUAUAUGCUGAGUCUGGUUCUGGUUUCGUGGUCCCGAGUGCUUCGGCAAAGGCCGGAGUUGAGGCGCUCUACAAGUCUCUGGCAGCAGAAUGGGGGCGCUAUGGCCACAGGUUCAACAUCAUCCAGCCUGGACCAAUCAGAACAAAGGGGGCCUUCAGCCGUUUGGACCCAACUGGAGCCUUCGAGAAGACCAUGGUCGACCGCAUCCCAACGGGCCGACUCGGCACACCAGCUGAGAUCGCAAACCUGGCGGCUUAUGUGAGCAGCAACUAUGCCUCCUGGAUGUCUGGGGCUGUGAUUCGGUUUGAUGGAGGAGAGUAUGUGUCACUUGCAGGAGAGUUUAACGAACUGCGCAGUGUGACUCCCGAUCAGUGGAAGAUCCUGGAGGCGAUGAUCAGAAAGACCAAAGGAUCCUGAAAGCACAGUGACGCUCAUCAUUGGACCACCACAGUCAUUCAAACCACUCUCUGCAGUGACGAUGUAAUUAUAAAUCUGACAGAUAAGAUAAGUGAAUGAAAGAUCAAUCAGCUGAUCGUCAGUGCCCAACAUGUUAGCUGUCAGCUGGGGUGAGGCUGUCACAUGACUGUUUGCACAUGCUCAGUGUAAAUGCUUUGGACAGUUUGAUAAUAAAAAAGGUAAUCUUC